AUGUCGUUUUGUGUUCGUCGCUCUGUCGCUGCUUUUCAGAAGAGCAUUGAGGUCGUCAUAGAUUUCGUCCUCUUCGACUGCGACUUAUCGCGAACCUCUUCGUAUCCUCGUUUUGAUGAACGUGUCCGAUUUUCGCUACUUUUCAGUGCGCCGUCGAGCGGCCUGCCAUGGCCGGCUUCGCGCAUCGGAAUCGAAGGGAAGUUCCGUCAUUGUGCUCCAUUAAUGUUUCAGAUCAAAACGAGCAUAGAAAGCGCCGACUCGAACUACAGCCACCACGACGACGAUGUGGAGCUGGAGGCCGGCAAUCGGGAGACAUUACGACGAGACGCUGAACGCCAGGCCGCGCUUCAACUUGAAAGAGCUAAGUACAAGCCGGUGGCUUUCGCCAUCUGCACGAAUGUCGAGUACGACGGCUCGCUGGACGACGACUCUCCUGUGCACGGAUGUGCGGUCUCGUUUAAAGUCAAGGAUUUUCUACAUAUCAAAGAGAAGUACAAUAACGAUUGGUGGAUUGGUCGAUUAGUGAAAGAAGGUCAUGAUCUUGGAUUCAUUCCAUCACCAGUGAAACUGGAAUCUCUUCGACAACAAACCGCCAAAGCCGGCAAGUUCAAGCAGUCCAGCUCGGCGACGAAUUUGGGAGCUCUUGACAACAUGAUGCCCCGCAGCGAUUCUAGAGGCUCUACACCCCCUACACCCGAAGAUGAGGAAACCAUCGCCAAGAAAAUGACGAAUAUUGUUACGACUCCACCGACCAAAGAGAAGAAGAAGUUGAUUUUCAAGAAGCAAGAAAAUUUGCCUCCUUACGACGUCGUGCCGUCGAUGCGGCCUGUAGUAUUGGUAGGACCAAGUCUGAAGGGCUAUGAGGUGACCGAUAUGAUGCAGAAGGCCGUCUUUGACUAUUUGAAACAUCGAUUUGAGGGACGAAUUAUUAUCACAAGAGUGACUGCUGAUAUUUCACUGGCAAAACGAUCACUUCUUAAUAAUCCGAACAAAAGGGCAUUGAUGGAGCGCGGAAAUUCUCGAACAAACAACAGUCUCGCCGAGAUACAGACAGAAAUCGAGCGCAUUUUCGAGCUCGCCCGUUCGAUGCAGCUCGUCAUCCUCGACUGCGACACAAUCAACCACCCGAGUCAACUCGCCAAAACCAGCCUCGCUCCCAUACAUGUGUAUAUAAAGAUCAGCUCACCAAAGGUGUUACAACGGCUUAUCAAAUCGAGGAACAAAUCACAAUCUCGCAAUAUGAACGUGCAGAUGGUGGCUGCAGAGAAACUGGCUCAGUGCCCACCGGCGUACUGGAGAGCUACCCAUCCGCCAGUUCGUAGCCCACCGAGAAUAAAACGAAAUCCGAUGGAGAAUCGUGGUCCUACACAGAUUUUUACCGCUGCUCAAAUGAUGCAGGUAGUUCAGAAUGUGUCGUCGGAGUUUAGUUAG